AUGUCAGCAGGGGGCGCAACUGCGUCGAAAGGACUGGAGGCUUCCAAAAUACUGUUCACGAUCAUCUCCGACUACUGCAAGAACCACCACCUGUACAAGCCCUUCUCGCACAUGGUGCUUGACCUCUUCAAGGAAGUUGUCGCGUCCGUUUCGACGCGCAUCGAAGUGAAGCAACCCAAGCAGAUGACCGAAUGCUACGAGGAGCACAAAAGCGACACCGAUUCCGGUCGCAGCUCGGAUCAUGGCGAGUUGGAAGUGCAUCGCAAGCUUGACAACUUCCAGCAGCCAGCACCCCCACCAGCACAAUCAUCGGAAAUCAACUACGGCAUCACCAUCAGCGGGCACGACCUGGAACAGGCCCGAUACUUUGGAUCCACCGCAAACCUUCGGGUGAAGCGAGCCGAACCGGACGAGAACAGGUUCCGAUCGCUACCGAGACCGUCGGACUCGACCAAGCUGGAACCGGUUCGGAACUAUGCCACUAUUGGAUACUCCAAGAGCAUUCGCGCAGGGGCCGGAACGGAAGGAGAUCCCAAGAAGCUACACGUCGUUCGACGGCGGCACAAUGCGGAAAUGUUGCGCAAGAGGAACGACGCCCGGAGAAAUACGAUCGAUGUAACCAUGGUGGAAGUCAAGAUGGCGGAGGUCCAGUUGCAGCAGCAACAACAACAACAGCUGGGAACGCUGGGUCGGUUGCAGCGGAGUCAGACCCGGCUGGUUCCGUCCAAGUCGACGACGCAGCUGAAUCUGAUCGACGGGGGAAACGACUUUCAGCGAAAGAUUGACGAGAUGAGCUUCAACGCUACGUCGAUGCCAAAUCUCGGAGCCCCACUGGUAUCGGUGCAGCAGACAAAUCCCCUGUUCGCUGAAAGACGAAAGGAAGAUUUCUCCCUCGGUCGAUCCAACACUCGGGUGGACUCGCUCCAGGAAGCCGGGAGGGUUGCCUCUGAAGUCAGUCAUGGACCGGAAUUCGUCCGGAAUGCUUUUACACCACCAAAGGUCAUCGAUCUAACGGAUUCCAAGACUCAACACCGUCGAACGGUAACGAUCCUGCUGCUGAACGGAACCAAAGUGAACGUCAUCUGCAAUCCCACGACCACCGUGGCUAAACAAGUCUAUGAGGCUAUCCUGAGGCUGGAGAAGCUGUCCGAAAACUUCUUCCUCGGGCUGUGCGCUCUAAUCGGAGGGGAUUUCGUUUUCCUUCCGAAUGAUCUCAAAAUCUACAAGGUUGCUCCGCAAAUUUGGGUCAACACAUCGAAAAAAUCCGCAACACUGGGCGAAAACGUUGUUUUCACCCUCUAUCUGAGGCUAAAGUUCUUCCUGCCCACGCUACGAGGCGUUAGCUGCUCGGAAUCGCGCCAUCUACUAUAUCUGCAGCUGCGCAAAAGCAUCCUGGAGCGGCAGAUUCUCUGCUCCGAAGACGAUCUGAUUGCAUUGGGAGGGCUCGCUCUCCAAGUGGAAGUCGGAAGCUUCAAGGAGAAUAUGAAAUACACGGAGUACUUUACGAUAUCGCACUACCUCCCGGAGGAGGUCUACCGGAAGAAGAAGGAACUGGCCAAGUACCUGCGGAGUUCGCACUUUUGCAAGCGCGGGCUGCACCAGCUGGAGGCAGAGCACAAUUUUAUCCGUUACGUGCAGGAGCUGAAGGAGUACGGGCUGCAUCUGUACAGUGCCACGUGGACGACCGAGGAGAACAUGACGCUGGAGGUGUACGUGGCGAUAUCGUUGAGUGGGGUGGCAAUUUUCGAGAGGAAUCUCAAGUUUAAUCCGAAGGGAGCGCAGCAGGAGUUCAACAACGGGAAGAAUUCCUACCAGCGGCAUCUGUAUGCGUUCUUCGAUUGGUUGGAGAUUGAGAACAUUUGCUUCUCGAAGCACGUGUUCUGUGUGGUGGUCAGGAGGACGGAGAGCUUGAACCCCAAGGACAAGAGCCGGGUCAAGUACAAGCUGAGGAUGGACGGAAGGAAGAGCUUCUUCGCCUUCAACCUAGCCUCUGAGCAUCACAAGUUCUACAUGAAGCUGCGGAACUCAUUCGUCUCAAUCAAAGCCCUGUCGAACGAGUUGAACAUUCCGAUCGCCGAGCCCACCCGUGUCGGGCCAAGCCCCGUCGCCACUGAUCCCACCAAACCCAAGCUGGACGUGGCCGAUGUCGACGAGAAGGCAGCCUUCGACGCCAAGCACGUGGACAAGAUCGACAAACCACUCAAAUCGACCGGUCUUCGGGUCCGGAACCUCAAGAAAUCCAUGCUGAACGAUAACCGGCUGGCGAAGCUUCGCCAGAAAUUUCUCAUCAAGCGGUCCAAGUCCACGGUGGAGGGACCGCAACCAGCGCUGAACCAAUCCGUCGAGAUCGCAAACCAGCAGAAUCAGAAUAAGGAGAACGAAAACCCGGAUCCGGUCGGGCCGAGCGGGAUCAGCAUGUCACCGGAUUGUUCCCCGAAGACGCCCAGCGUCAAUCGGAAUCGGGUCAAAAUGGGAACGAGGGUUUUUUCGGCGCAGUUUCUGAACAAGUCCUAUGACAACCUGUACGAGCAGGCUGGGAUCGGGAGUGGAGCGCUGAGUGGAGCUAACUCCAUUCAGAAUUUAGCGAACAGUAGUUUCAACGAGGAUGAUGAGCUGUAUGUGGGCUACGAGAAGAAGGUUGAUCCGUUGCUGAUCGAGAGCAGUGUGGACGACGCGGUAUCGACGAAGAGCAGCAUGGGAUCGGUGUAUUUUAUGGAGAAGAUUGAGGAGAAGUCUGUGGGCGGAAGUGAGGAGACGUUGUCACCAAAAGCGUGUGUAAUUCAAUCAAGCAUCCGCAGCGAAAGUGGACAUUUUGAGGUGCCCAAUGAGACAAUUUCCGAUACGUUGCUGGAAAAGUUCAACAACCUGAGCUGCAGUGCGACGAUCAACGAUCGGAUCUUAACGUCGGUCAUUGUGGUGAAAGAUUUCAUAAAUCCGAACGAGAAGCGGAGUCAGGCGGAGGCUAAGGCGAGCAUGCUGGCUCGGAAAAGGUCUUUCCUGUCACGAAGCCAGGAGUCGGUGCUGUUCCGGAACGGUGGUUCCCGAUUGAUGGCCUUCGGUGGGGAUGAUCUGAGUUCGGACGGUGGAAUUGCGGAUUGUGGAAGUAGUGGAGAGGAUGGUCGGGGUGCGAGGUACACCUUGGGGAUCAGUAUCGUGCAAGGAUCGGAUAACAAUGUUUACGUUAAGGACUUGGUGGCAAAUGGACCGGGAGCCAGAGCGGGAGUCAGGAUCGGUGAUCAGAUAAUUGCCGUUGAUGGUCGGUCUCUGCUGAAUCUGCCCUACAGCGAAUCCCUGACGAUUCUACAAAACACGGGACGAACGGUGGAGUUGGUCCUGUCGCAAAUCUACGUGCGACCUGCACUGAGCUCGAGUCGUUUGAAUAUCCACCAAUCGACCAACAGUAUCAACAAGAUCGGUCAUGAUGAUCUGUACCCAUCGAAGCUGGACGCGGUUCGAAUGGCCACCGCAUCUGUUUCCAAAUCCAACAGCUUAUACAUAAAGAACGGUGCUCAAAAUCAGCAGCAGCAAUCCACGCAUCCGCGGAAGAGUCCAGUGGUCAAUGGGAAAACCUACGACGAUAUAGGACAUCACUUCGAUGCCAUUCGAUCCUUCUACCACCAGCAUAGUCAGAGCCAACAGGACGAUCGGAAGACAUCCUUCAAUCAACACCGUUACACGAAAAAUGUCGCGGAUAUUCUGCGCACAAGAAACCGAGUCAACGAAAGCCACGGCGGUGGUCCGCCUGGAAUGCUGUCCCCCUCCAAGAGCAUGCCCGAUCUGCCAAAGAUCCUCCAAGCCUACACCAAACCGACCUCGGUCAGUCCAAUUUCCUCCUAUCCCGGUGUGUCCAGCUCGUCGUCGUCUUCGUCUUCGACCUUAUCCUACGGAUCGAACCGAACGCAACCGAAAUCCCUGCCGCCUCCGAAGACGAUGGGCCUUUCGCGGAAGUACACCGGCCCGUUGCGCUUCCCGGUCACUCCGGCCAAAGACUGCAUCCGGACCAUUCCGGCCCACCCGAGCGUGAAGAUCCAGCUAUCCCUGUCGAAUGCCUCCGAAGACGGACAGGUGUUCAUCUAGGUCUUCUACCCCCGUUGAAAAUUCCCAAGAAGUUCAAGCAAUGGAACGGUGCCUCCAUUCUCAAUCUCAGCCAGUUGACG